AUACCGAGCCCCGGGGAGCGGAGCCCCCGAGCCUCUGAGCCUAGCCCGGAGGGAGGGAGAAAGGGAGGGGGCGCGCGGGGCGGGGGGGGGGCACGGGGCGGGGCCGGGCGGCGGGACCCACUGCUCCUCCCCCCGGAGCCCCCGCGCGGCCCCGGUCGCCCGGGCAGCGGCGGCAGCGGCGGCGGCUGAGGCGCUCGCACCCCGGGCCCUGGCGGGCCCCCGCGGAGCAGCGGGCACAGGUCCCAGGAAGGUGGCGUCAGCAUCUGCAGCCGCGUCGACGUUGUCGGAGCCUCCGCGGAGGACCCAGGAGAGCGGGACUAGGACCAGGGCGCUGGGCCUCCCCAUGGAUAAGUCCGCUGCCUCAACAGAGCCCCAAGGGCCUCGGCCAGUCCUGGGCCGCGAUAGUGUCCAGGUGCCCGACGACCAGGACUUCCGCAGUUUCCGGUCAGAGUGUGAGGCCGAGGAGGGCUGGAAUCUGACCUACAGCAAGGCCGGCGUGUCUGUGUGGGUGCAGGCUGUGGAGAUGGAUCGGACCCUGCACAAGAUCAAGUGCCGGAUGGAGUGCCGCGAUGUGCCAGCUGAGACACUCUAUGACGUCCUACACGACAUUGAAUACCGAAAGAAGUGGGACAGCAACGUCAUUGAGACUUUCGACAUUGCCCGCUUAACAGUCAAUGCUGACGUGGGCUAUUACUCUUGGAGGUGUCCAAAGCCCCUGAAGAAUCGUGAUGUCAUCACCCUCCGCUCCUGGCUCCCCAUGGGCACUGAUUACAUCAUUAUGAAUUACUCAGUCAAACAUCCUAAAUACCCACCUCGGAAAGACUUGGUCCGAGCUGUGUCCAUCCAGACGGGCUACCUCAUCCAGAGCACGGGGCCCAAGAGCUGCGUCAUCACCUACCUGGCCCAGGUGGACCCCAAAGGCUCCUUACCCAAGUGGGUAGUGAAUAAAUCUUCUCAGUUCCUGGCUCCCAAGGCCAUGAAGAAGAUGUACAAGGCGUGCGUCAAGUACCCAGAGUGGAAGCAGAAACAUCAGCCGCACUUCAAGCCGUGGCUACACCCGGAGCAGAGCCCGUUGCCGAGCCUGGCGCUGUCGGAGCUCUCCGUGCAGCACGCGGACUCGCUGGAGAACAUCGAUGAGAGCGCGGUGACGGAGAGCCGGGAGGAGCGCACGGGCGGCGCGGGCGGCGAGGGCAGCGACGACGACACCUCGCUCACCUGAUUGCGGCACCACCGCAGGGACCUAGACAAGAUGGAGUGGGGUCAGGGGUGGCGGAUCCUCCCGCGCUUUCUCCCCUCCCCCACCGCCUGCGCCUCCUAGGGACGCUGGGCUGGGGCCCAGGCUGGCGCUGCCGCCCCACUGGACACAGCCCCAAUAAACGAUCCCACAGCCUCA